ACUUCUGUAUUGUGCACUGUAUCUAUAUCGCGUGGCCACCAUUAUUGGAAACCGGCGUUUAUGUUUUCAUUCAAUGACGAUCACUGCGGUGUGGCCAGCAACGAGUCAACAUAAUCCUGUAAAACAAGUAUCACCAUGGCGGAUAACAAGGAUUGUGACGAUGACAAGAUCUACGGCGGCUGUGAAGGGCCUGAUGCCAUGUACGUCAAACUGGUAUCGUCAGACGGUCAUGAAUUCAUUGUGAAGAGAGAUCAUGCACUCACAUCGGGCACCAUCAAAGCUAUGCUGAGUGGACCAGGACAAUUUGCUGAAAACGAAACAAAUGAAGUACAUUUCAAAGAGAUCCCAUCCCACGUGUUGUGCAAGGUGUGCAUGUACUUCACAUACAAGGUACGCUACACCAACAGCUCCACAGAAAUCCCAGAAUUCCCCAUCCAAGCAGAGAUUGCCCUGGAACUCCUCAUGGCCGCCAACUUCCUGGACUGCUAGGUCAGAUGUCACAUCUCUCAAGGCGAGCGGACGGACUGGAUAGAUCAACGAAACAACUACUCUCCUCUGUUAAUGAGUUGUUGUGUCAGCAUCUAUAGGCCUAUUACAUGGUAUAUAAAUAUUUUACAGAUUGGCCAAAUUAGGAUUGAUGCAAACAGGUAAAUUAAGAGCUGAUUAUUCGGAGAGUUUAAUGUAUCACACAUUUGCAUCUAUUUUACAUAUAAUGUAAUACUGCAAAGAAUUCAUGACUCAUAAAUGCAUGGAGUUACAUAUCAUAGGCCAGUUAUACUGCAAUCCUAUAAUCCUAUAUAUACUGUGGAAUAAGGGGGACUGGUUCACCAAUAUUUUACAUAUUUGUAUAGUUUUUUAUUUAAAUGGAGUGAUGAUAUAAUAAAAACAUAUAUAAAUAAUCUGCAUUUUUUAGUGGCACCAUAAAGUGAAAGUGCCAGCCAUUUAGUAAAAGCCUGUUUUGUAAGGCUAUCGAGAUAAUCAGUUGAAUUUACAAAUUUUGUAAGUGGUUCUGAGUCUAGCAUAUAAGAAUUUCAGCUUUAAAGGGGGGGGGGGGGGAGUGGUAGGUCAGUGGGAAAUAAUUAUAUACAUGUAGAAGGUCCUGUAAUACCAUGGGUUCUGUGAAAAUAUUUGAUUAUUUGAAAUAAUCUGAGGUUGAUUCAUACAAGAUAGACUGUAUUUCAUAGCUUUAAGUCUUGUCAAAGUAGGAGAACAUUAUAAGAAGUUUUCCAGAGUUUGUGCAGUACAUGCAGUGUAUGCAUGUAUGUGAUUUACUCCAUAUUUUGAGAGGUUAAAAUGUUCUUGUUUUAUUUUCCUAUAAAGCUAUGUUUACUAAAAAAAUAACAUCCCAUGUGUAUUAAUCAAACAAACCAGGGAUUAUGAGUAUAUUAACUACUUACUGACAGUGAUAUGUGUACUGUAAACAAAUAGUGACACUUUUGAGGGGCAAUAUAAGCAAAUAAUAUCUGUUGGAGAAGUUGAUGAGACAAAUUAUAACCUCAAAGGUUUAGCUGUCCAUCUGGGGCUAUGAAGCUGAGCAUUGAAAGCCAGAAUCUCAUUGUGUGUAUCUCAGUGAUGUAUAUCUAAUUGAUUGAAAUUUAAUGUGAUUAAUUGCCUUUACGUACGGUAUUACAUCCAGCUUGUUUUCAAAAUAUCUAUUCAUAUUAAUCUUGAAAUAACUUUCCUUGGUCGCCCGGUCUGCAUUUUCAUAUACCGGUACUGCAAAGAGUCUUAUAGUAAAUUUCAUAUACGGUCAAUGAUCAGUUGAUAAGAAGACAAUCUUUUUUUUGUGAAAUUCAAAGUGUCUUGCAUUUAGCUAGUCAAAACUACUUACUCAUCACUUUUUUUUUAUUAGAGAUAGAAAUAUUUUUUCUUCAAAAUCAAAUGUAAAAAUUGCAAACUCUAGAACCCCAAAGAUGAACAAUCUUGAUGUUGGUUUCGCAUCGAGAUUCUUGCCCAACUUUUCAUGUAGCGUAGGUGUGUUAAUAGUAUUGAAGAAUGUACAUAAUGGUGAACGAUGAUAUACUUGAUGUGCAUUAUUAUAUUGUAUACAUUUAAUAGAAGAAGUUUGUUAUAUUUGACAUGAAAUUCAGAGGUGAUCUGUUCAGAAGAAUACACAAAGGUAAAUCUGUUAAACACUCUCUCAUUGCCACAGCGGAUCUGUAGUGAAAAAUUCUUCCAUAGUCCCAUGCAUGUUAGUUUGUGUGAUAAAGCAUGCUAAACUGCUCUAAACUGCUUUUAUCCAUCAUGUUUAUGGGCUGUAUUUGAGCGAACACGGUAUUGGUAAUGCUACUCUAUGCUGUGAAAUCAACCGUAUCAUGUAAAAAUAAAAAAGUUUCUCUUAAUUUCAAAGUGGUAUUUCAUGGAGAUCUCCAAACAAGAAGGCAGUUUAA